AUGCAGCUCACAUUCGCUAUCCCGGCUCUCCUGCUCCUCAGUUUCGCCGACUCAGGGUUAGCCCGCACAGUCAAGUAUCCUACCGUUACCAAAACUGUGGUUAGCUACCGAACCACCGUUACCGUUAGAUCACCGGUUAAAACCAAAGGCUGUAUCUUAGAUACAUUCAAGGUCUUUGUUUCAGAGAAUGGUUGGAGUUGCACCCACCCGAAUGGCGAUCAGAUCGGUCCUAGGCCAAAACCUUCUAAGCCCACCGACAAGCCCACGCCAACAGAGCCCACGCCAACCAACGAUGACUUUAAUUGUCCUCCUAAAAUCAUCACAGCGACAGCCAAGAAUUGCCCUGCUAUAAAAUGUGCAGUUAGCCGACCGGAACCCUGCAUAGCAUAUGAUAUCAGGGCAGAAGAAUGGGACUGCAGAUGCAGUACUAGGAAGGGAAUAGUAUCAACCUAUACGCUUCCGUGUCCAUCAUGCUGCCCGUCGCCGCCACGCCGUUACUGGAAUCCGGGGUGCAGGGAGACUCCAGUUACGCCGUUAACGAAGGCGCUGCCAACGAAUGAGACAAAAGAAGGGCCAAAUAUAGUUAUUACUGAAAGCGACUCAAAGGAAGAUGAUGUUGAAAAACCAACGCCAACACCAAGGACAAAGGAAGAUCCAAAGCCUACGGAUACCGAGGUCAUCGUUACCGAAGCACCAGAGCCAAAGGAGACCAAGGACGUAGAGCCAAAGCCAGCUGAGAGCGAAAAAGAAGAUGCUGGGAAUCCUGGGGGCAAAUCGACAGAAGAAGUUGAAGAAUCGACGGAAGAAGAUGGGUACUAA